CAUAAGUUGACGUAUCCUAAAGUCGGCUCGAAUGUGGACACGGACGCGUUUCUCCAGUAAAAAAUAGAAUAAUACUAGUCCGUGAUUCUUCUAGACUAAAGUUAUCACAGAUCGAAAGAUCUGAAAGAAGCUGAGAAAGAGUAGAAACAAGCAGAGACAGUAGUGAGUGUAGAGAGUGAAGAGAAGAAAAAUGGGUAUCGGAAUGGGAUUAAAUCUACUACUUUUACUGGCAAUGGUAGCUACAAACAUACUCUCACUCUAUCAUUUAUCAUCAUCACUAAACAAACCUGUAAAAUCAUCACAACAAGUACCAGAUCAUCUUAUUCAUCAGCUCAAUACUAUUCGAGCUACCAUUAAUCACCUCACUCAUCUUCGUUCAACAACCAGUGAUCCUGAUGUCACUUCUAAACCACCAAUCCCAUCAGAUCUCUUACUCUAUGCUCACAUUUCACCUAUUGCUUCAGCUUGUCAUGAUCAUCCUGAACUUCUUCAUCGUUACAUGAAUUACACACCAUUCUCACUUUGCCCUUUUGAUACCGCGCUCUCUGAAUCUCUAAUUCUCCGUGGUUGUCAUCCUUUACCUCGUCGUCGUUGUUUUACACCAACACCGUCAAAACCAAUUUCUUCUUCACGUAAAACUAAUAAUCCAUUUCCUUCUUCUUUUCCUGAUAGUGCUGUUGCUUGGGCUUCUUAUGUUAACUGUAAGAGUUUUCAGUGUCUUAUUAGUAAAUACGAUGGGUUUGAUAUGAAGGUUGAAUCUAGUAAAUUUGUGAACCCUAAAUCUGAUUUAGAUCUACCUAUUUCUCAAUUAUUACAAAUUGCUAAAUCUGCAUCUUCUGUGAUUCGUUUGGGAUUAGAUGUUGGUGCUGGAACUGGUACAUUUGCAGCUAGGAUGAAAUUACAUAAUGUUACAGUUUUAUCUACUAGUAUGAAUUUGGGUGCCCCUUAUAAUGAAGUCAUUGCUCUUAGAGGUAUAAUUCCAUUACAUGUUCCAUUACAACAGAGAUUUCCUAUCUUUGAUGGGAUUGUUGAUCUUGUUAGAUUUAGUCAUGCUGUUAAUCGUUGGAUUCCUACUACUUCAAUGGACUUCUUGUUUUAUGAUGUUGAUAGAGUGUUGAGAAGUGGUGGGUAUCUCUGGUUGGAUCAUUUUUUCAGUAAGAGGUUGGAUCUUGAAUUCACUUACAGUCCUAUGAUUAAGAAGUUAGGUUAUAAGAUAGUGAAAUGGGCUACUGAUAGUAAAAAUGAUAGUAGUGGAAUUAAGAAUGAUGAGGUUUAUUUGACUGCUCUGCUACAAAAGCCUGUCUUGAAGUGAGAUGUACACAGAGAAAGAGACUUGAGAGGUUAGGAAUUCUUCUUCCACUGCAGCUACUACUACUACCACUACGCAAUGGUGAUCUCUUAAUCUUCAUGUUUUAGUUUUUUAGGUAGUAAAAUUCAGUAUGUUGUUAUAUUUGUAUGAGAGAAGUUUCUGGGGUUUGAAAAAACAAUGCUUUUCAUGCUCAGAAGCUUUUCUUUUCUUUUGCAAAGAUAAUACAGUUUUACAAUAUGUAGACUUUGCAAAAUCCAUUUGUUGUAUCUAAUAUAUCCUAUCACAAUUAAAGGCCUUUUCAUCUGAUAAGUGGUCUAGUUGAAUCACGA